UCAGAAAAUUUUACAAAACAAAAUUGAGAAAAAAAACAUAUUAUAAUACAAAAAAAUAUCUUUGAUCGAUUUUUUAAAAAACUUUUUCAGUUUUCGAUAUUGUAGCUUAUAGCUUGUUCCAACGGAGCUCUAAACAUUUUGACUUAUUUAAGUCCAUGUGUUGUUGAAAUUAAUUUGAGGUUAGUGUAGUUUAUUAAACCGAACUAAAUUUUAAGUGAUACCUGUGUAAUAAAUAAAUGAAAAAUGUCUGAAACACCAACAGAAAAUGAUGAUUUACCACAAUACUUAACGCUAGAAAAAAUAGCGAUAGCUAGAUGUCGAGAAAUACAAGUAAUGAAUAAAAACAUCAACACUUCUUCUGGUGUAAAACUAGCUUUCCAAAAGCUUCCACGACAUAUGAGACGAAGGGCGAUGUCUCAUAAUGUUAAAAGAUUACCUAGACGUUUACGUGAGAUACAUUUAAGCCAAAGGAAAAAAUCGGGUCUGCCAUUGAAGAGUAAACGACCUUCUAGAAAGUAUAGACGACGUCCUUCUAAUUUGAAUAGUGAGUAUAGUAGACGACAAAGGAGAAUAAAUUGGUUACAAACACAUAUUUGGCAUGCCAAACGUUUCCAUAUAGUUGAAAAAUGGGGAUACAAAAUCCCGUAUUGUCCUUGUGAUAAAUCUUUUAGAGCUUGCUACAGGGCGACAAUAAAUCACUGUUUAAUCCAAGAUAUUUCAUAUUAUAAUUGUUUAGAAUUAUCAGGAGAAUUUGAGGAUAUCAUUAAUUUGUUUAAAAGAUUAACAGAUCCAACUCUGAAUUUAAGUAUAGGAGCUAAAGCUUAUUUGGGGGGAUUAAGGGAAGGUUCUACAACGAUUUUCAGACCCGACACACGCAGAGCUGUAGGUGCAGUUUAUUUCCAUUGGAAACCUCCAAGAAGUGAUCAGCAAACGAGAAAAAUCUGGCUGUGGUGCCACGCCGCGUUUCACAUUGAACUUUUAGAUAUUUUUUUAAAUAAUUUCGAUUUCAAACCCUCCCCGGAAUCGGACGAUACGAAAAUUUAUUUUAACGGUACAAUAACUUUGAUUACAAACCAAUGGAACUUAAGUAGGUUUAGAUUACACGGUCCCCUUUCAAACGCCGUACUUCGAAAUACAUUUAAAGUCGUUAAAUACGAACCCUGGCAGCCGGAGUGGGUGAAAAAAUAUUUCGAAGAAACUUGGUCAGAACCAUUUUGUAGUUCUCACGAAUAUUGGGAACAGUUGAAAUCUGCGGCAUCUCCAAACGAGGUGUCUCCUCAUUUGAUAUUGCCUCUAAUUAUAUCAGAUCCGAGGUACAAUUUCCCACCAAAAAGAACGAAAUCUCUACCGACUGAUAGUAAUCCGAACGGUACAGAUAUCGCUCUGAGUAAAAAUUUUUCUGAUAGUCCUCUUUGGUGUCAAAACGUCCGUAAGGAAUUAACGAAAACGAAAAUUUCAACCGCAAUUCUAAACAAACUAAGGGAAACUUUACUUGUACCUGGGACUGAUUUAUUAGAACCACCGGCCAGUUUUCCUAUUAUAUUGGUACAAAGACCUGGGGCGAAAAACGCCAAAUUCAGGGGUUACGGUAGCGGCUGGGAUAUUAUAUUACCGUCGGUUUGGGCCCAACCGACUUGGUUAGCAUUGAUAAUGUGGGGCGCCAGAGCUGGCGGUUUAAGAGAUAACGAUCUAAUAUCAUUCGAAUCCGGAUCGCAAAAUAAUUUGUAUCCGGAUACUAUAGCAGGGGAAAAAGAAGAAAACGAAAUAUCACUGAAAUGUAAAGAAACUUUUUUCAAAUUACCCGUGAAUAAGAGAACGAAUUUCGCGAAAUUUCGAAUUUGUAGUCCUUUCAAAUGGAACUGGAGGAUGUUGUUGAUGGAAUGGUCGUUAACGUGUAAAGUAGUGAAGGAUUUUUUUGUUUUGAGAGACAGAAUCGUCUUAAAAAACAUUCGUGACGCUUUGGUUAAAAAAUAUAAAGAAAAAAUUGAUUUGUUGGAAAACUGUUUGGUUCCCGUACAAAUAACGUUGUUAAAAAAAGGUUUGUGUCGACAAUUUUCUAUAAUUUGUCUACCGCAAGAUCAAGAUUACGUCAAAGAACCACAAGAACCAAAUUCUAAUGAUGUUUAUGAGAAACAAAGGAAAACUUUGAGGAAACAACAUAAAAAUUUGCUCAAAAAGUUGAGAAAAAGACGAAUCAGAGGAAAAAAGAAAGGUAAAAUCAUACCAAUCGAUAAAGAAAUGUUAAAAAAUUACACGUGUACGAUGAGGAAGCUCUGGCUUCCAGAACCCACGAUGAUACGAAAAUCUUGUACUAGAGAAAUACUAGGUUUUGUAAAACACGGUGACUUUAGUUUCCUUACAGGUAAAACUAAAGCUAUAGGAUAUAUAACAUCGGGGGCUUUAAUCAAAUUAUUAACUAUGAAAUGUGCUAAUCAAGUUUUAGUUAGAAAUACGAAUUCAAAGCAGUACAGACUCGGAACUCUUGAUGUAAUAUUAGAUUGAAAUUGUAAAUAAAAAAAUUGAUACAUGAAAUUUACAUUUAAUUAUAUAU